CACAACUUUGAUGCGCGCGCCAACUGUCGUGAUUCGACGUUCAAUACGCAAGUCCGUAUUUCAAUGCGGCCGAGAGAAGUUUUCUACGCUAAAGGGCAGUUCAAGAUCAUAUGCACCGUCGGUUUCACCACUUGCGAAUUUUCAGAGAGGUGUUCUUAGUAACAAUAGUGUAAAAAUGGUUUGGUGCACAAUUUACGAUGGAAAAACAGAGAGUGGGUGUGCAGAGAAGCCAUGCAUGCAGCUGGCUGCAUCAAAUGCCCUCUCCAACCUAGACCACAUGUGCAGCCUGGAUAUCGACUCCAGGGCUUCAUAUGUCCGUCUUUCUGGAAUCAUCUGUACCAUUGGGCCGGUAUCCCGCAGCGUCGAGAUGCUAGAGAAAAUGAUGGAAACCGGCAUGAAUGUUGCCCGUAUGAAUUUCUCGCAUGGUUCCCAUGAAUACCACGCAGAGACAAUCCGCAACUGCCGGGAGGCUGAAAAGAAUUAUAGCAAAAAGCUUGGCAUGCCUUUCUCGUUGGCAAUUGCUUUGGACACUAAGGGACCAGAGAUCAGAACUGGCCUUUUGGAAGGUGGUGGUUCCGCGGAAGUAGAGUUGAAAAAGGGUGAAACUCUCAAACUGACAACCGACCCGUCCUACCAAGAACGUGGCAACGCAUCCACCGUGUUCGUCGACUACAAGAACAUCACUAACGUAGUGAAGCCCGGCAAUAGGAUAUUUAUCGAUGACGGCCUCAUCUCUGUUAUUUGUGCGUCAUCGACAGCUGAUACUUUGGUCUGCACUAUUGAAAAUGGAGGUAUGCUUGGAUCAAGAAAGGGUGUGAACCUCCCCGGCCUGCCUGUAGAUCUGCCAGCUGUGUCUGAAAAGGACAAGUCUGAUUUAUUAUUCGGUGUGGAACAAGGCGUGGACAUGAUUUUUGCCUCUUUCAUCCGUAAUGGAGCGGCGUUGCAAGAAAUCCGCGGCAUCUUGGGCGAAAAGGGAAAGAACAUCAAAAUCAUCUCCAAGAUCGAGAACCACCAGGGAAUGGUCAACCUUGACGAGAUUAUUGCUGCAUCUGACGGUAUCAUGGUAGCGCGAGGUGACUUGGGUAUCGAAAUUCCUCCAGAAAAGGUGUCCUUGGCGCAGAAGACCAUGAUCGCGCGUUGUAACUUGGUCGGUAAACCAGUUAUUUGCGCAACGCAAAUGCUCGAGUCCAUGGUGAAGAAGCCGCGUCCAACCCGCGCGGAAACUUCAGACGUGGCCAACGCGAUUCUGGACGGAGCUGAUUGCGUCAUGCUCUCUGGGGAAACGGCCAAGGGUGAUUACCCCUUGGAGUGUGUACUCACUAUGGCCAAUAUCUGCAAAGAGGCGGAGGCUGCGAUCUGGCAUAAACAGCUGUUCAUCGAUCUGGUUGCGCAGGUGAAACCACCAAUUGAACCUGCCCACUCUGUCGCGAUCGCGUCCGUAGAGGCAUCGUCCAAGUGCAUGGCGACUGCCAUCAUUGUGAUCACCACAAGUGGCCGGUCAGCAUACUUGCUCAGCAAGUACCGGCCCCGCUGCCCCAUCAUCGCAGUAACACGGCAGGCGCAAACCGCUCGCCAGGCGCACUUGUACCGCGGAGUACUGCCCCUGGUAUACGAAGAGGGCGUGGCCAGCGACUGGCUCAAGGACGUCGACAACCGCGUGCAGUACGGUCUGCAGUUCGGUCGCAAGCGCGGCUUCUUGCGCACCGGCGACAACGUGGUGCUCGUUACCGGCUGGAGACAGGGCUCUGGAUACACCAACACUAUGCGCAUCAUCCAAGUGGAAUAAGGAAAGCUGGUUGAAAAUAUGCCGGUUAUUAAGAUAUUCCUAUGAAGUAUUAGAGCAACCAGCAGUGAUAAAAGAUCUACGCACUUAAAGUGAUAUUAUAUAAGCUAUGUAAUGUAUGUCGAAAUUAUGCCUAGCGUAGGAAAUAUUUAUUAAAUGCAAAGUUUAUAGAACUAUGAGUGUUGCGUUUGUAUGUGAUACUUAAUAAAAGUUUUAUUUCUGA